UACUGCUCCACGUGCUCUUUCGUGGCUCAGAACUGCCCCUGGAGCGUGAGAAGCCCACAAGGGGAGUUUCUCAGAGAAAGAGGGAGACUAAAAAUAGUAGCCCUGGGGAGCAGGGCCCAUUCGCUCUGCUUAGGCCCUUGGCCUGCUCUCUCCCUUUGGUCUCAGAUUGGGCCAAAUGAUGCUAUUCUUGAGCAGAUCCCGAGUCCUUCAUUGGAACCCAGCAACUCCCCAUUUUUCUUCUUGCAGCACCCAAUCACAAAAAGAUCUGAUCAGUUAGGGGGUUCUUCUGUUCUGAGUGACGCCAGAGCAGAGGGCUAGGAAAUCUCAGGAGCCCCUUGCCCACCUCGAAGCAAGUGUGUCCAUCACUGCAUCUCACUUCCCACUUCCAGCCCCUGCCCCUCACUUUGCAAACUGCGAGUGCAAAACCUGCAAGAGGCAGCUAGGGCGCCCUUGGGGAGCGAAGCUUGAGUCUGGCUGAUGAUAGACACGUUCUCCUCCUUACCGGCCUUUCAACGAGAAGGCUGGGGAGCGCGGCAGCUGCCUGGAGGCUCCAGACGCGCCUGGCGGUAGCGGAACAACCUGCGGGAGGAGUCCCUGGUGGGAGGAGGACCUUCUCAAGGCGGGGUUAUUUUUGCCAGCAGAGCCUCCGGUCUAGCUGCCCUGGCUUCAUUGUCUUCUGCCUUAUCGGCGGGCGCAAGUUUCCUGCUCCGACUGCAGGGACCUACCAGGAAAUAUCAGGGGUGGAGGAUGCCACGAAGGACAAGAAAAAGGGGUGGGGGCCUUGGUUAAGACGUGGCCGGGAAACGAAAGGGGAGUCGUGCAUCCUGGCUCAAUAGAGUUCUAAGUCUCCCCGCCUUCCUCCUGGCUUUGCGGGCGCAGAUAGUCUGGGGCCUCCGAACCUCGGCUGCUCGCUCGCCUUCCUCAAGGUGGCAGCUUGUCCUGAGUGCAGAGUGCUAUAAUACGGGAAGAGCAAGACUCAGGAAGAGAGCUACCGGUGUUCCCAGGCUCGGCUCUGUACUAACCCAAAGUUAUUUUCCCAAAAGGCUUUCACUGCAUGACCUCUCGCUUCUCCGAAGGGCAGAAAGCGUGUUCUGGGCACUGUAGUGUCAUCACUGUCCCACUUCCUCCUCCUCAACGCGCGUUGGGGAAGUUUUGUACUUGUGGGAAGAUUACCUCUCAUCCUGAAACGUCCUGCAACCCAGAGGCAUUUCACUAUAAUAGCCAGGACCCCCCCCCCCCCAAAAGGGUUCUUGAGGGUUAGAUUGGGACUCAGGCAAGUGUUUUCCUAGGGGAGCUGACUCAGUGGGACUACGAUUCCUCAGGUCACCAGCAGGAGCGGGAGUCGGCUCUCUCGGAGUUCUGAACGAGCAGCGAAGUUAAUGAGUAACUGCGUCUCGCUCUGCCAUCCGGUUGCGAGCUCGGGCGUCAUAUGGCUGCCUUCUCACUGGCUCAGAUGGAGCUGCACGUGCCCCCUGGCCUCAACAAAUUGGAGGCGGUAGAGGGGGAAGAAGUGGUGCUCCCCGCCUGGUACACGAUGGCACGGGAGGAGUCUUCAUCCCACCCCUGGGAGGCGCCCUUCCUGAUUUGGUUCUUGGAACAAGAAGGGAAGGAACCAAAGCAGGUCUUGUCUUAUUUCAAGGGUUCCCUGUCAAAUAAACCUGGAGUAACCCUGGUCCACUCCAUCUCCACACGGAAUGUGUCCCUGCGCCUGGAUGCCCUCCAGGAGGGAGACUCUGGGACCUACCGCUGUUCUGUCAAUGCGUACGACAGUGACGGCAAAAAUAUAGGCCACAGCAUCAAAACGAUAGAGCUCAAAGUGCUGGUUCCUCCAGCUCCUCCAUCCUGUAGUUUUCAGGGUGUACCCUAUGUGGGGACCAAUGUGACUCUGAACUGCAAGUCCCCAAGGAGUAAACCUACUGCUCAAUACCAGUGGGAGAGGCUGGCGCCAUCCUCCCAGGUCUUCUUUGGACCAGCCUUAGAUACCGUCCGUGGAUCUUUGAAGCUCACCAACAUUUCCACUGCCAUGUCUGGAGUCUAUGUCUGCAAGGCCCAAAACAGAGUGGGCUUUGCCCAGUGCAAUGUGACCUUGGACGUGAUGACAGGGUCCAAGGCUGCUGUGGUCGCUGGAGCAGUGGUGGGCACUUUUGUUGGGUUGGUGCUGAUAGCUGGUCUGGUCCUGUUGUACCAACGCCGCAGCAAGACCCUGGAAGAGCUGGCCAACGAUAUCAAGGAAGAUGCCAUUGCUCCCCGGACCUUGCCUUGGACCAAAGGCUCAGACACAAUCUCCAAGAAUGGGACACUUUCCUCAGUCACCUCAGCACGAGCUCUGCGGCCACCCAAAGCUGCUCCUCCAAGACCUGGCACGUUUACUCCUACACCCAGUGUCUCUAGCCAGGCCCUGUCCUCACCCAGACUGCCUAGGACGGAUGGGCCGCCACCUCAGGCAGUGUCCCUGACCCCAGGUGGGGUUUCUUCUUCUACUCUGAACCGCAUGGGUGCCGUGCCCGUGAUGGUACCUGCACAGAGUCAGGCCGGGUCUCUCGUGUGAUAGCCCAGGCACUCAUUAGCUACAUCUGGUAUCUCACCUCUCUGGAAAGGUCUCCCGUGGCACAGAGGACUGAAUCUUGGGAAGAUACCCACGCUCUAGACCUCCAGUCCUUUGCCCCUACCUCCUUCUAUUGUUGGAACACUGGGCCUCAGUAAGACCAAAAUCUGGGUCAAAGGACACAAGGAGGAAACGGAACUGAGGUUGGGGGUGGGGGUUGAGGAGGCUUCACUUCCUCCCUGCUUCUCUCUAUGAAGCCAGAUGAAUGCUGCUGAGAUUGGCUACCCUCCAAGGGCUCUGGAGGAGACUGCCAGUCAGUGAUGCCCCUGGCUCUGUGAUCUCUACAGCACCCUUAUCUAACUCGUCCUUCGCCAUUCACUUCAUCUCCCUGUAUUAAUGUAACCUGUCCUGCUGGCUUGGCUGGGUUUUGUUGGAGCAGGGGAUAGGGAAGACAUUUUAAACCUGACUUGAAAUUGAUGUUUUUGUUUUCGUUUUGCAAGUUUCAAUAAAGAUACAUCGAAUUUACAUGGA